AUGCAGGCUGCCAAAGACGCGGUUCACAAGUUCACCUCCAAGCGGGGUCACGAUACCACGGUUGACGAGAACGUCACCGGUGCCGUUACCAAGGAGAAUAUCCGCCCACACCAGCAUGAGGAACGAACUCAAGCCCUAGACCGUGAGGUCCACCAGGAUCAUUAUCACACUACAGUGCAACCCGUUUCUCACCAAGAGCAACUCCCGGAAAAGCACACUCACAAUCUGAUCCCAACCGAGCACCGUGAGAUCCGCCAUGAGGAUCCCAACCAUUCCAAGUCUCAAGCAGCCGCCCAUCUCGCGCAAUUCCAGUCAGGUAGCACUACGCAUGAGACUACCCGCAGUGCCGAGAACAAGGCCACUGUCGCAGGCGAACACGUCCAUCACCACGUGCAUGAGACGGUCGUCCCGGUAGUCCACAAGGAGACCAUUCAGCCUGAAGUUGUCCACACCACACAGCCCAUCCACGAGACACAUCACGCUCCCAGCCAACACCAUGGAAUUAGUGCCUUGCCUAUGAAGUCUCUUGAUGAGUUCAAGUCCGGAGGUGGUACUUUGGACGGCCAUGCCAAGUCUGCCCAUGAGGAGUACGAUGGUGCACCAAGGCCCUACAAUGACAAGCUGAGCACCACCUUGGACAAGCUCGGCUUCAAGGAAGGUACAAACAGCCACGGACAGCAGGCACAACAUGCAGGCAACGUAAACCCUGCUACAGGUGAGAGUGGCAUUGGUGCUGGCCAACACUCUGCUGGUCAACACCAGACUGGUACGCAUAACACAUCAUCAGGCCUUGGUGGUGCUGGUGCCGGCGCUGGUCUUGGUGCAGGCGCGGCUGCAGCUUCCGCCUUGGACAGCCAUAAGCACGGUCAUGAGCACACCGGACGAGACUCCGGUGUAGGUGGCUUGCGCCGCUCCGGUAGUCAGAGCAGUUCUGACUACGAGUAUGCAGCUGAUGGUUCCAAGGUGGGGAAGAACAAGUUGGGUCGUCACCAACAAGAAGGCAUGACCGAGGGACGUGUUCUGUAA